AUGAUGAACUCAAACCAGACGCAGCCAAAUUUGACAGGAGCUUCAGAUAUAGGGACAGUAACAAUCGUGCAAGUGACAUCGUAUGCGCUCAUAACAAUCCUCGGGACUGUUGCAAAUUUACUGUUGUAUGGUGCACUUCUGAGAAAAAAACAACGAAGCCCCAGCGAAUAUUUCGUGCUGAAUCUGGCUUUUACCGAUCUCAUGACGUGUGCAGUUGGGAUUCCGUUAGAUAUGGCCGAAAUUUUAAUCCAGCGUUGGCCAUUUGGAGCCUUCAUGUGUAAAGUUGUGUACCCAUUUCAGACGGCUUUAAUAGGAGUAUCAGUUGCAACAUUGACAUGCAUGGCCAUCGAGCGAUAUCGGGCCAUUCUGACACCUUUCAAGCCAAUGAUAACAAAAAGAAUGGUUAAGGUUGUGACAUCCGCUGUUUGGUGCAUAUCUGGUGCUCUUGUGUCACCUUACAUCGUUGUUCUUGAACAUAAACGCGAACAGCUACAGUGCACCGAAGCGUGGCCAAGUGAGAACUAUCCAAAAAUGUUCACUAUGUGUGUUUUUCUACUCUUUUACUCUCUGCCUCUGUGUAUUAUUGCCCCGGCAUACAUUUGCAUUGGAUUCAGAUUGUACUCUGACGGUAAAAAGAUGAAACGAUUCAGCAUUAAACAAGGUGCUGGAAAUCAGUCGUUCCGAAAGCUGGUGAGACAGCGAACAAGGACGAAUGUCAUUAUUGUGAAAACGUUUUUGUUCGGUGCUGUAGCGUUCUCCCUGUGCUUGUUACCCUAUCACAUUAUGUGGUUAUGGGCUGACUUCGGAAAUGGUGCUCACUGGAGUUAUUUUGGAGAUGUACUGGUUUUUGCAAACGCUUUGGUGUAUUUCAACAGUUUAGUGGACCCAUUUAUUUUUGGAGGCACUGUGAUACGACACAAUUGGAGUAAAACAUGUGCGGCCAUGCUUCAAAGGUGCUUGAAUAUUCAAAUGGUUAACGAACGGCGAAAGACAAACAACAACGUAUCCCUAAAACAACAAAACUGCGAUAAUUCAACAAAAAAGCCAUACUUUAAGCUUCCAAACGCCCCCAUUAUUUAUACUUCGUCCGUAUGA